CGUUAUUUAAUAAUAAGAUAUAUACAGAUAUAUAUAUCUUAGAGAGCUGGGGUUUUAAUGUUUUCUUCUUUUUUUUUAAAAAAAAAAUAAUGUCUAUUGUGUCCGUUGUUGCUAAAGUCAACGUUGUGAGUCGUAGCAGAACCAAACAGCGCAAAUACAGUCCUCCAUCGCACUUAGAUGCUUAUAAAUUCAAUUCUGCACCGCGACAUGAAUCCUAACUUGGCCGGGUACACGGGACAUACUCACCCCGCGACGUCGGGCUUAAAUACCGAAUUGGGACGCAGAUAAGAGAGCAUCGCCAAAUCCAUGGGUCUAGGCGCGUAGCGUAGCUGUGCCGCCCGAGCCCAAAAGCCGAAGCUCAAAUCACACGAUAUGUCAGGAACUAGGUCGGAUUAAUAUAAGAUUUAUCUUUCUGCCGACGCGCGAGUUGUUUACUUCUGCUUCCUAUUUUUCUUCCUACUCAGAAGCGCCUAGGAGGAAAAGAGAAGCCAGCACAUAUGCGGGACUGUCAAUAAGCCAAAGUGGUAAAGAAGCUCGGAAGGACAAAACGGGCUCUUCAUAAAUUUCCAAAUCACCAUCUCCCAAGCUACAAUAGCCAAGAUGAAGUUCUCAAUAUCAUUUACCACGCAACUCCUCGCCCUUGGCGCCCUGUCGCACGCGUCAGCCAGCGACACCUCCGGCGACAGCGACAGCGACUACAUCCUCUCCGUCUGCUCGCCCGCCCAGCCCCCGGACCAGACGGACCCGGCGCCGUGCGUCGCGAUCCAAAACAUCGAGACGGCGUGCCUGCCCAACGGGACCUCGCCGCUCGCCCUCUCGGCCCACGCGCAGUGCCUCUGCGGCGGGAGCUACUUCGCCGAGUGGCUCGGGUGCCGGCGGUGCCUGCUCACGCACGGGGCGCUGUCGCAGCGGAACUUCACGUACUUCUCCGCCGUGCUGUCCAGCGCCAGCGCGGAGCUCUGCGCGGAGGGGGCCACGCCGACGGCCGCGUUCGCGACCUUAUUUACCGAGGCGCAGGCUGGCGUUCCGGAGCCGACGGGGACGGGAGGGACGCAGCUGACCGAUGCGAAGAGUGGGGAUGCCGCUGUGAGCUUGUAUUACACGGCGAGCGGGCCGCAGGGACCGGGGAGGAUUACGGGGAGCGCGACGGCUGCUACGGCGGAAGUAUCGGAGACAGGGACGGGGGCAGGAACAACGGCUACGGCUACGGGGGGAGUUUCUCAGAACGGAAGUGGAGGGGCGAGAUCGACUUCCAACCGCCCGUCAGCGACGACUUCGAGCUCUAGUAAUGUGGCUAUUCCCACGGGAGCGCCUGGGAACGGAAAGGGUGCUAUCUUCGCGGCGGCGGUGGGUGGUGCACUAAUGGCUGUCUUAUAGGAGGACUCACGAUAAGAAGCACCGACGCUGUAAUGUAUAAUGAAUUGCAGCUACGAAGUAUAUGGAUACCUUAGGUACUUAACAUUAGGUGAACAUAAAAUCUAGUAUCCACAAGCAUCAAAUACCUAGACUGUUUACUAUGUAAUUAAUAAAACAACCCACGAUGAUGGGCAACAACAAAGCAGGUCUUACUAAGUAGGUACCUACAAAAGAAACGUGCUCAAGGC